AUGACAGAUGAAUUCACAUCAGUUCAAUGGGACAGAGAGAGUAAGAUAAUCAAUUCAGAAGGUGGACCUGAUCAUGAUGAAACCCCUCAAAAUGAUGAGAUCCCUGAAAUCACCAAUUCAACAGUUGAAGAACCAAUCAUUGAAUCCAAUAAACCGCUGGCGUUAGAUUCGAAUGACGUUCCGUCUACUGAAGAAUAUAUCAUCGAAACAACUGUUUCUGAUCCUGUAAGAGAUUUAGAUCAAUCCUCCAAACCAUAUAUAUCAUAUUUAGUCACGACAAAGACUAAUGAUCCUUCAAUUAUCAAAUUAUGUCAACAAGAUGAAGUUGUUGAAGAUGGUGAUUUUAGUAUUAUAAAGAGUCGUAGGAGAUAUGGGGAUUUCCGUAAUUUAUAUCAUUGUUUAACCAAUGAUUUCCCUAUGAAUCUAAUCCCAUCAAUCCCUUCCAAGUCAAAUUUAAAGUAUCUUACAGGAGAUACUUUUAGUGGAGAAUUUAUUAAUAAGAGAUUGAACUCUCUUAAUAGAUUUUUGAAGUUUUUAAAUGAACAUAAGGAUUUAAAGAAAUCAUCAAUUUAUAAUUUGUUCUUGAGUAACUCCAAUGAUUGGGUCAGUUUUAGUAAGAACUUGAAAGUAAAUAUUAAUGAAAUUGAUAAUAAAUUAUUCCCCAACAAUAUAGGAAAGAUUGUUAAUGAAGAUCUUAUAACUGAAACAUUGAUGAACUUCCUUACUCCUUCAAAAUAUAAGAAAGAAACAAACAAGGAAAUCUUGGAAAUCAUCGAUAAAUUGAAUAAAUUGUAUGAAAACUUAAUGAAACUAGACAAGAUCUUUCAAAGAAUAAAUAAGAAGAAUAAUGAUUUAAGUAUUGAUUAUGAAAUAUUUUCUAAUGAAAUCAAGAAAUUGAACUUUAACGAACAUUCAGAGACUUCAGGUGAUGGAACUGAUGAAACAAAUGACUUUGAAUUUUUCAGUAAAUUAUUCAAAGAGUAUUCUAAUAAUUGGAUGAAUAAUUAUAAAUUCAUUGAUGAGAAUUUUCUUAUCACCUUGAAGGAUUGUUCAAAAUAUAUCAUCAAUUUGAAUAAUCUUAUUGAAUUACAACAUAAUAAGAAAAUUGAUUUACAAGUGUUGAAAGAUUAUCUUAAUAAAACCCGUAAUGAGUAUAAUUCCUUGGAGACUAAUCGGGCACCCCCAUCUCCAAUCAAGCAUAAUAAUGGUAUGAUAAAUAAUACUACUCAAUUGAUUAAAGAUACCUUAACUACCAGUAAUAAUAAUGAAAAGGUUAACAAAUUAAGAUUAAAAAUCGAAGAACUUGAAGAAGAAAUUAAAUUGCAAUCGGAUUUAUUGAACAAUCUUAUCAAUAAAAUCAUCAAUGAAGAAUACCCUAACUGGGAUAUAUUCAAUAAAAAUGAGUUAAAACGAAGUAUGGUAGAAUUAUGUGAUAAUCAAAUUGAAUUUUAUAAUAACUUGGUUAAUGAAUGGGGAGAUACUGAAGCAAAACUUAUGAAGAAGAUAGAAAAGUUAUAA